AUGGAGGCGUUUCCUGACCGGUUCUUGGAAUUCCACCCCAUCCACGGUGCCAACGUCAGGCUGGACGAGACGGAAACACAGGCCUGCCGGGUGGAGAGCUUUGCCAACGGGGUGUGUUUCAGCAAACACCCUCUGAAGCCUGGGGAGAUUUUCCUCAUAGAGAUCGAGGAGAAGGAGCUGGGCUGGUGCGGCCACCUCCGUGUGGGCCUGACAGCCAAGGAUCCCAUGAGCUUAGAGGUGGUACCUGAAUACUCCAUCCCGGACCUGAUCAACCUGGGAGACAGCUGGGUCUUUGCCAUCACCCGCAACCACAACAAGAUCGUGGAGGAGGAUCCCGGGGUCCAGGAGGCAGACGGGGGAGGACUGGCCGGGGGUCGGAGGCUCGGAAGGGGGGAGGUUGAGGAUUCAGCUCAAGUUCAGGGAAUUGGAGACAACGGCACAAAUCCAAAUACUUUAUUUAUCGACGAUCACUUGCACAUUGAAAAUGUUCGGAUCCCCAGAGACAAGCUGGUCGGUCGGAGCCGGCCCGGACGCUUCAGCCACAUUUUGGAUGACUUGUACAAGAGCAACGCGCUGCCUCCCACAGCCAGACGCAGCAGAAUAGGAGUGAUGUAUGUGUCUAGAGGGAGGGACCUGGCUGAUAUGCAUAUUGUCAUCAAUGGUGAGGACAUGGGAGCGUCAGCAAAGGGGAUCUCAACCCUCCAGCCCCUCUACGCAGUGGUGGACGUCUUUGCUGCCACUAAGUGUGUCCGGAUUGUCCAGGUGGAGUAUGGAUUCUCGUCCCUGCAGACAUUGUGCAGGAAGGCCGUCCAGAAGCACAUCGUCCACAGGACGGCCAUUGACUGGCUCGCGCUUCCAGAUGCACUUAAGCACUACUGCAAGUAUGAAUGA